GUGCUUUAAUGAAUAAUGCCUCUUCAAUAACUAAAGCUAUGGAUCAACUUAGUGUUGAGCAUAUAGGUUGCACUGUGCAUACAAAAAAACUUGCAUUAGGAGAUAGAUUUGAUGUUACAAAAGUUAGUAACUUAAUAAAUAAAGCAAAAACAUUAAAUAGCUAUGUUAGUAGUAAACAUAAAUAUUAUGAAAGUUUUUAUAAAUUACAAGCUGAAUUAAAUCUGCAGUACCAAGUUAAUUCUCUUUCAAAUCUUCUUUUAUCAAUAGAAGAAUGGAAUUCAAUAGAUGAGUUAGCAAAACUCUUAUAUCCUUUUGCACAAGCAACUGGAUAUAUUGAAGAAAGCCAAUAUUUCAAUUUAGAAAUAAUAAUUUCUACUCUUAUUAAGCUUUUACAUCAUUUAAAAGAAUUUUAUUCUACAAUUACUUUGCAAACAGUAAAAGCCUGUUGCAGUAAAAUCAACUAA